AUGGGUCUCUCCGACUUCUUCUCCGACGUUAUGUCCUCCUUCGGCUUCCCCGAGGCUCAGGCUGAGGCUCCCGCCGAGGAGACCACCACCACCACCCCCAGCCAGGAGACCGAGGCUGAGGAGAAGCCCGCCGUGAACAACGAGGAGGAGGCCGCCCCUGCCGCCGAGGAGAGCACCGAGGAGUCUGCUGAGGAGACCCCUGCUGAGGAGGAGUCCGCCGAGGAGGAGCCCGCUGAGGAGGAGGAAGAAGAGGAGGAAGAGGAAGAGGAGGAGGAAGAGGAGCCUGAGGACAUCAAGCCCCAGCUUGAGGAGGAGUGCGCCAACUCUUCCCAGUGCGCCCCCUACAAGCACCACUUCGAUGAGUGCGUCGAGCGCGUAACCCAGCAGCAGGAGGACCCCGACUACAAGGGCCCCAAGGAGGACUGCGUUGAGGAGUUCUUCCACCUCACGCACUGCGCUACCCAGUGCGCCGCCCCCAAGCUCUGGAAGGCCCUCAAAUAA